AUGAGGGCUAAGCUGAAACGACUGAAUCAAACCACUGUGACAGAAUUCAUUUUUGUAGGCUUCAUGGACCAUCCAGAUCUGAAAAUCCCCCUCUUUGUAUUAUUCCUUGGCAUUUACAUUGUCACUCUAGUUGGGAACUUGGGAAUUAUUAUUUUAAUCCAGCUUGAUGCUCGACUUCAGACUCCCAUGUAUUUCUUUCUCAGUAACCUGUCAGCUGUAGAUGCUGGUUACUCAUCUGUCAUUGCCCCUAAGAUGCUUGUGACCUUUGUAUCUGACAACAGAACUAUUUCCUUCAUCGAAUGUGCUGUGCAGUUUUAUUUCUUCUGUAUCUUUGUGACAAAUGAAUGCUGUCUGUUGGGUGUGAUGGCCUAUGACCGCUUUGUAGCCAUUUGCAAUCCAUUGCUUUAUAGCACUGCAAUGUCUAAGAGGCUUUGUGUCCUUCUUGUUAUUGCAUCAUACAUAACUGGGUUUGUGAAUUCCACUGCACAAACAAUUUUUAUAUUCAGCUUGUCUUUCUGUGAUUCCAAUAUAAUCAACCAUUUCUUCUGUGAUAUCCCUCCCAUCCUGAAGCUAUCGUGCUCUGAUAUCCACAACACAGACAUAGUUCAUUUUACCUUGUCUUCGAUAGUUGUCAUGAGUACUAUUGUCAUUGUCCUAGUGUCCUAUGCUUACAUUCUCACCACUAUUUUGAAGAUGCGAUCUGCUGAGGGUCGGCGCAAAGCUUUUUCUACUUGCGGUUCACACCUAGUAGCUGUCACUAUAUUCUAUGGGACCCUAAUCUUUAUGUAUUUACGUCCCACUUCGGGUUACACAAUGGAACAAGACAAAGUCAUCUCAGUAUUUUAUACUCUGGUGAUACCCAUGCUAAAUCCCCUGAUUUAUAGUUUAAGGAACAAGGAGGUAAAAGAAGCAUUGAAAAGGAUAGUAAAUAGAACAAUCUUCUGA